CCUCGGAGGGGGCGUGGCAACCCGGAAGAAGGAAGUAGAGCGAGACUUGUACGCGCGCCCCCUAUUACGCGUGUGUCUUCCCUGUCGAUGCGGGUCCACACAACCCUCCGACACGGAUGGCGCAAGUGGCAUGAAAUUCUACAGAGUAAUGUAUCAGUAGAUAACAGCAUCACACAGAUGAGGACGACAUUGUGAUGGUUGGCCUGCUUGCCUUUCAAAGGAGAAAUCCAGGUGACCUCCUUUGAUGUUUUCUACUACCUAAUCAUCCAGCUCAUUGGGGCGCAGAACAAUGGCUUUGAAUAAGGGGGAUGCAAUUUCCUGGUAUCAAAAAAAGAUUGGUGCCUAUGACCAACAAAUGUGGGAGAAGUCAAUGGAGCAGAGUGAGAUUAAGGGACUGAGAAGCAAACCCAAAAAGAUGGCACGUGUCAAGUCUGACCUGAUUGAUGUGGACCUUGUAAGGGGUUCCACCUUCUGCAAAGCCAAGCCGGAGAGCCCUUGGACAGCAUUAACUCGUAAAGGCAUUGUUAGGGUACUCUUUUUGCCUUUCUUUUAUCAGUGGUGGAUUCACGUGACCUCAAAAGGUGUUUUUGCCUGGCUUCUCUUACUUUACGCACUACAGGCUGUGGCUUCCAUGCUUUUCUUCCUGGUUCCUGUGGCAAACACCAGUGAACUUGUUGGCCCACUGUGCCUCAUGCUUCUCUUAGGAACAGUUCAUUGCCAGAUUGUGUCCACUCGUCCCACAAAGAUGCUCUGGAGAAGAAGAAAACAACGCAGGAGUGCAAGUGGGGAAGCCUCUGUAGAUAAAUCCCGGACCAACUAUGCAGUGAACAACGUUCUUAGAGCUGCAUGGUCCAGUCUGGCUUCAAAAUGGCCCAGAACUACAGCUGACAAGAAGACCAGAAGUGGCCAAAUUCACGACCCGUCCAUCAGUUCCAGGUCCUUUCUAAAUUGGGGAUGUUUAUGGAAGAGAUGGAAGAACUCCAGCAAAGGGAAGAGCCAGGAACAUCAUGAAUCACAGGUGAGUGGGGCCACGGAUGGAGAAUCCAGUGAUGAAGAUGAACAAGUGAACAUACACAUGUCUGCACUAAGGCAUUGUGUGGAGGGCAACUCAGCAGAAUAUGUUUUGAAGAAGAGAGAGGUGAACACUUCCCAUCCUAAGACAAGAAACAGAUACCCACAAUGCAGUAUCCAGGACUCUGACAGUGAGGCUGACUCAGAGCCAGAGUGCUCUGGACACAUUCAGGAGACUCAUGGUCGAAGAGGUUCAGAGAGCACACGCCCAGGAUCAGAGACAGAUGAUAUGUUGUGGGAAGAUAUUCUUCAAGGCCCACAGUAUCUAUCCACUUACACGAGUGACAGUGAGCAAGAGCAUAUAAGGGCCGCUGGUAAACCCUUUGAGCAGGAUGAUACCACCCAACAGAGUCAUCUUUUCUGGCUACAGAAUUGCAAUCCAUCAUCACAAAGACUUAGUGCUCUCAUUUGGGAAGGGGAUGAGUGUAAGAAGGUGGAAAUGUCCAUCUUAGAGAUGAGUGGACUCAUCAUGAGCCGGGUCAAUGAAGUUCAACAAGGAAUGGGAUACCAGGUACUGGGACAUAUCAUCACACUGAUCUUGACACUGCUUCCUUUUCUCGUUCGUACAUUUCAUCAUGUGGAUCUGGACUCACUGCCUACUGUCUCAGUUUACGACCUACUGGAUGUUGCCUUUGGAGGUGCUUCUCAGUGCCUUACCUGCAUUCUUUCCUCAAUCCUGUUUCUAGAAAGGAUGUGUUUGACCUGGCUCUUCUUUUUCAUUAUGUGUGUUGCAGAGAGGACCUACAAACAGCGACUUCUUUUUGCUAAACUGUUCAGUCACCUCACAUCAGCUCGCAAGGCCAAGAAAUCCGAGAUUCCCCAUUUCCGGCUGAAGACGGUGCAGAACAUUAAGAUUUGGCUUUCUCUUCGAUCAUACCUUAAGAGACGAGGGCCCCAGCGUUCUGUGGAUGUCAUUGUUUCUUCAGUAUUCUUGCUGGCUCUUUCUAUUGCAUUUAUUUGCUGUGCCCAGCUUCUUCGUGGCCAUCACACUUUUCUUCAGUACACCUAUAACUGGGAGCUGCUUGUCUGGGAGACUUCACUGGUCAUAUUUCUCCUGCGAUUGGCCACCCUAGGCUCGGAAACAAACAAGAAGUUUAGUAAUGUAUCAAUCUUGUUGACUGAGCAGAUUAAUUUGUAUCUAAAGAUGGAGAAGAAGCCUGACAAGAAAGAAGAGCUGAAUAUUGUGAAUAAUGUAUUGAAACUAGCAACCAAGUUGAUGAAAGAGUUGGACACCCCUUUUCGUCUGUAUGGCUUAACUGUAAACCCACUAAUUUACAACAUCACUCGUGUUGUCAUUCUGUCAGCCGUGUCAGGGGUCAUCAGUGACCUGCUUGGAUUUAACAUCAGGCUUUGGAAGAUAAAGUAAUAAACAGAGACUCAAAACUCUACUCUCGAGUGUGGCACAUUUAUGUAUACUUGAUGGCACCUAGUGGCCUGCUAGCUGUAGGAUUCACAUCUGGAGUCUGAAGUGUUCCCUGCUACAAAGUUGAAUAUUGAACUUGAAGGUUUGCAAAUAGUGCACAAUGGUAAGGCCCACAGUGUGGUGACAAACGCCCUGUACAGAUAAGACGCCGAGGACCUCCGAUACAAUGGAAGAAUGCAGAGACAUAACCAUUGACUAAAAUAUAAUAUGACGUGUUUGACAAAGGGAGGAAGCACGAACACACUGCCCAUUUGUCGGUGAGCUGUCUAGUGACUCAGCGGCUCUUCAGGGGUCUGCAUAACUAAUUACAUUCCAUUCUAAUAACGUCGAUGCUUCUUGGUCUCCCCCACCCCCCAUCUUCUUAAAAACAUUGUUGCUAAAAUAAAGGGCACUUGACUGCAAUGAAACCUG